ACUGUCAUUCAAAUAAAGUCAGCGUCCGGUUCGUGUUUUUUCAAAGUCCUUUUAAUUUAAUCCGUCCUUUGGUUUCUAGUUUCUAGUCUCGUCGCUGCGUGAAGAAGUUGUUUUUCGUUUUGUUCUUUACGUGAGUGUAUUUCGCUGAAAUGGGUCUCCGAAGCUGGAAGAGGGUUAUUUUUGCAUGGGUACAGAAAUGUGGUUUCGUGGACGAACAUUUUUUGACCCUCGAACAAUCCAAUAUAAAUAUAUUUUUUCUUCGUUAUCUGGAGUAUGAUCAUAUGGAAAUCUUUCUAGACACGGUCUCGACACAGGGUUCGGAUCGAGCCACACCGUUGAUACAAUUUUUGAAAGAUGUUUAUCCAGACUUCUGUCCCAAUCUGGACAGAAGUGGCAAUCUUGAUCGCACCGACCAUCUGAUGGUCUAUACACUGAUGCUGCACUACGCCUGUGUAAUCAAAAAAAGCGAGAAAUAUCAACUUAUAUGCACAGAGCUCUCGGAAUCCAUGCAAAGGUCGAUAGCAUCGUUUCUAAGGCACAUAGUUGAUAGUCAAAAGAUAACACGUAACUGCCUGAAAGACGCCUUACAAACAUCACCGAAAUUUGUGCAUCCGCGUACCAUUGCCUCGCCUGAUACAAGCAUAUCCAAUAGUCACACCGUUGUUGCCAGCAUUCCCCAAACUCCGGGCACACCAGUAACACUCGACACAGCAAGUCCACAGACACCGACAGAGACGCCGUUGCACACGAGUGGCGAUUCACCGCUACCGAUUUGCAGCACUCCAAUGCGUGAGCGUGAACGCGUGUCGGAGGCGGAUUGGCGUCAAAUGCGCCAAAAAUUGUCAGCUGCGGAGAUCAGACUGGCAGAAACGGAAAUCAAACUGACCUCGACUGAACGCAAAUUGGCCACAGCAGAGUGCGAGAACAGCUCCUUGGAUGAGUUUUUGCAGGAGAUUAGCCAUGCGAAUAGUAAAGUAAAAAAUGAAAAUAAAGAGCUCAAAGCCGAAAUUGGGUUGCUGAAGGAGAAGGUGAAAAUUUUCGAGGAGCGUGCCACCGAUGAAGAUGCCGAGGGACAGAUGAACUACGAGCAUUUAAAGCUGGGUCACCUCAAGGAAAUAACAGCCAGGGAUAAAUUGUUAUCAGAAACACAGGAACAGCUGCAGGAUGCCAUCAAUGAGCGUUCCAAGGAGGAGAAUAGGGUUCGCGAACUAGAGGAGCAGCUGAAAGUGUGCUUCGAUCAGAUCAGUAUGCUUGAUCUCAAGGUGAAGGAACUGCGUGAAAGCGUGAUGGCCAAAGAUAUGGAGAUUAGCUGCCUGGAGCGUGACAAGCAGGACUUGACCCAGUGCCUGAAUGUUCUGCGGCAAGAGUCGCAGGGCCGUCGUGAGGUGUUAAAUUCAACAGGGGAUUUGCUGGACACAUCGCUAUCGCCGGGCAGUGUGCCAGAAAAUUUAGCCAGCUCGGUAAUCGACAAGCAGCUACGCGAAAAGGAGAUGGAGCUAUGCCAACUCAAAGAGGAAUUCGUCAAACUGCAGACACACAUUUAUGACAGACUCAAUUCGCCAGUAAAGCUUGAACCGCCUCCAAAUCCGGUGUCCUGCUUCGAGGAUCCGACUCAGCUACUGGAGGUCAAUUGUGCAGCGAUUGACAUGCGUCCACAGGUUUCCAACGAAUCCGAGGUCAAUAAACUUGUGAAAAAUAUCAAGACACUUCGCGUGAAACUUGACAAGAAGAAGAAGGACUCAUCGACACAAACAGACGCAGAUUCGCAUGUCACAAAAUUGGAAGAGAUUGAAGAUUUGAUUGCUGAAAAGGAACGAUUUAAAGAUUUACAGGCUGUGAAAAUAGUUGAAUUAACGGCGGAAGUUAAAGAACUGAUGGAAAGAGUUGAGAUCCUGUCGAUGGAAAAAUCCCAGCUAGAGCACAGCCAACAGAAACUCAAAAUCUCGGAGAAAUCUCUGGCCAGUGAGUGUGCAAAGUUAACUUACAGCAUGGAGGAGCAUAGGAUGAAUGGCUCGCAAUUGCAAAGCUCUAUCGAUGCACUGACUGCUAACAAAAUCGAGCUAGAGGAAAGCCUUGUGCAGCCUGCACGUCACAUAGAAGAUAAUGAACAAAUUUAUGCCGAUUUGAUGGCACAGCAGGACAUGGAGCAGGCGAGAAACUUGUCUCAUGAACUGGCGCUAGAACAUGCACAAAACGCUGCGAAUCUAAAGAAAAUGGAGGCUAAAGUUGUAGAGUGGCGCCAAAAAUACGAAUCAAUUUUAAAGAAGAGCCUCGCUAACGAAGCCGAAACCAAUGAGAAUGAACGCAAGCGCCAGGACUUGGUUGAAAGCUCUAACAUUUCCAUGACGGAGAUGCGUUCGAAAAUUGAUGCCUUAGAAGAAAAAUACAGGGAAUCACAGACGAACUACGGACAACUCCUCUUUGAGCGAAACAACCGAGAUGUGCAGUAUGAAAAUGAGCGCAUUGAGAUUGAAUUAAAGUUGGCGAAUUGUUGCCGAGAGCUUGACGAUCGAAACGAUUCUCAUGCGUUGCUGCUGAAAAAGUAUGAGAACCGGAUGGAGGAACUGAACGCCCUGAAAGAAGAGCAUGACACCCUGAUGGAAGUGAGUGAAACCUUCAUGAAGGAACGUGACUUUAUGACGCAAGAGCGUGACACCUUCAUGAAUGAACUGGACAUCCUGAAACAGGAGCGUGACACCCUAAGACAAGAGCAUGACACCCUGAUGGAAGUGCGUGACAUCUUCAUGAAGGAACUGGACACCCUGAAGCAAGAGCGUGACACCCUGAAGCAAGAGCGUGACACCCUGAUGGAGGAACUGAACACCCUGAAACAAGAGCAUGACACCCUGAUGGAAAUGCGUGACAGCUUCAUGAAGGAACGUGACAUCAUGACACAAGAGCGUGACACCUUCAUGAAGGAACUGGACACCCUGAAACAGGAGCGUGACACCCUGAUGGAGGUUGCAGAGCAGCACAAGAUGGUAUUGUCCGAAUUUCAAAAGAUUCUUGCUCAAGCUAAUAAUGUGACCAAGGAGAAGGAGCUGCUUCACCGAGAACUAAUUGAGCUGCAAAAAAAAACCGAACAGGAUGCUGAAACAAUUACGAUCAUGAAGGACCAUAAGGAUCUACUGCUCGUGAAAAGAAACACCCUAGAUGAGCAGCAUCAGAAGGAGCUUGUUAAUGUAGAUCUGAUGUUGGCCAAUUGUCGGCAAAAACUCGAUGAACAAAACGAGUCUUAUGCGAUGCUGCUGAAAGAGCGUGACACCCUGAUGGAGGCUACAGAGCAGAACACAAAGGAAUUGUCCCGCGUUCAGCAGAAGCUGGAGCAGCAGCAGAAGCAGCAAGAAAAUAUGCAAGAAGAACUUAAGCAGAAGGAUGCGCAAAUAGAAGCCCUGCGCAAGGAAAAGGAAAUGAUGCGCAAAUCCGAACGUACUGUCAGAAAGGACCUCAAUGUUUUGAUCAACAAAACCGAUGAGAAAGAAGCACACCUCAAUCAGGAGAUUGGUUCUCUCAACUUGCAAUUGAAGCGAACCAAUCAGCGUCUCGAACAGCUGGUACUCCAAACGGAGACACACGACGGGGAAAUAGCACAGCUACAAGUCAAGAUAGCUGAAGAUGGCCAAGCACUGGAAGCUGCCAAACAGGAGCAGCUGCGCUUGCAGAUGGAAUUGCAAUCACGACGCGAACUCAUGGAGAAUAUCGAACAGGCACAUAAAUUGGAAAAUAAAUCACUCAAACAGCAAGCAGAACUCCUCCAGUGUACCCUCCAGGAAAUUCUUCAAGUGAAAAUGGAACUGCAAUCAAAUCUUCUGAAGCAGCAGGACGAACACAACAAGCAGCUCAAGUUGUACGAAGAUCAACUCGAGGAGUCUGAAAACAGAUAUGCCUUCCUACAAGUCAACAUGACUGCCCAGCAAAAGACCUCGGAGGAGCUCCAAAUUCAGUUAAGCCAGCAAUUAAAUGUCACCAAAAAAGAUCUGGCGGACGCUAUGGAACGCCUCAAUGCCACCUAUACGGCAGCUGCUGAGGAGGAGGGACUACCCGAUCGGAGCACCCUCCAACAAAACUGUCAGGUGUUGCAGGCCAAAUACCAGGAAGCCAAAAAGAAGAUAGACGAACUGCACGUAAGCCUAAAGGACCAGCGAAACGAGAUGGAGGGAAAACUUGAAAAGAUGAAGAACAAAAUGCCACACACCACACCGCACACACAACAACACACGGACAACACGGACUUGACGCACUGGCAGCGCACUUUAUACACCGCGGAGGUGACACGCAUGAAGGAGAAGCAGGAGCGGGAGGCGGCACACGCCAAAGCGGAACUGGAGGCCAUUACAUGCCAGAACACCAAAUUCGAGGAGCAUACAAGGAAGCUCUCGAAUCAGAUUGUUCGCUUAAACGAAAGGAUUCUCGAGCAGCAGAAGCAGCAUGCGAUAACCACCACACAGCUGCGCCACAUGCAGGCCACCGCUACCUCAGAAGCCACCAGAUCAACAUCUUCACUUUCCACACUGACUGUCUCGGGCAGCGCAACCACAGCGAGCACGGCCACAGCCGCCACCGAGGAUUGGCAGCCAUUCAAGCGUCCCUCUGCACCCUCCUCGAAUCUGGCAAUGGAAGAUGAAGAGGGGGAGGUAUUCAACAACACAUACUUGACGGAUCUAAAGCUAGGUCGAGUGCCAGAUAUAACGGCCGAGGAGCUAAACUAUCGAAACUCGCUGCAACCGCCGCAUCUGAGGAGCACAUAUGCGGCCCAAUACGAUGUGGGAAGCCAAGAUGAAGAUCUCAAAGAUGGACCACAUAGUCUGGACGACAGCAUGAGCGCCCUGCUCAGCUCUUCGGCAAGCACUGGGGCCCGCAAGAAGACAAUGGGCACCCACUAUAAGCGUCCUGGUCCGCCCACGCCCAGCAAGAACGGUGGCCGCUUGUCCUUUGGCAGCUCCGAGCCGCCACGUGAGAUACUGCGCGAGACUUGUGAAAACAACGGCAACUCCAAGACACCCACACGCUUCAAGAUGUUCACCUCGCGCUUUAGCAUUGGCAGUAGCACCAGCGGCAGCAGUGGCCUGCCCCGUGAUGAGCGGCCGCUACGUCGUAAGCGGCCGAAUCUAUUGACUGGCAUGCAGCGCCGCAGGCUGCAGCUACGUCAGCCAUCAAGUCCCUUCUGCACUUCAACGCCACGCAAGAGCCGCUCCUACUACGAUCAGAGACGUCUGAUAUGUGCUAGUGAUGCGGUCUCAGAGCAUUGUGACGAUGAGGAAGACGAAGAAGUAGUUCACAAGCAGGAGCAGGAGCAGGAGAUUGUGGCCGAAGAGCUAGAGGAGGACGGCACACCGCAUUUGUCUAACACUGCACUUUUGGCCAUUAACCGUGGAACGACCCGCAGGCUCAGCAGCGAUCCACGAAUCAGUGCGCCCAGUUCAGGGUCCACUCCCCAUGUGGGUAGGCGGAAAUAUCGAAACGGACGCGUUUCCCUUUGUCUGCACGGGAACAUCUUUGCCAAAAGCCGGCCGCUGGCAAAAAUCUCAUCAGGAAAUCUCAAACAGCAACGCACAAAGCUGAAACAGCAGCGUUUGAAUCGUUUCGAUCAGGCAAGGCACCUCCACGAGUCCACAGUGGCGGGUGCGGGCAAUCUCCAUCAACAGUCACCUAUCCCAGGCAGUCUUCUCAGGCACCAUCACGCACCGACGAAUGUCACCUAUCAGCUGCUGCAGCCGCUGGCCCGCUGCGACAACAACAACUACAGUCUGCACAAUCGCAACGAAGUGCAGCACCAGCAGCUGCUCCUGAAGAUGGGCCAAACGGUGGUGCUAAAGCCGGAGGAUCAGAUUCUCGGUGAUGGACUACUGCCAGCAGCUGCCACAUUCAAUGUUAGUGAAAGUGACGCAACAGAUACUUGGCACAAUCAACAGAGAACAUCCAGGGAGAGCAUUCAGACCUGGUUGACCGAAUAUACCAGAGAGACCGAAGACGAGAUCGCAAUCGAGGAUGAGGAUAACCAUGGCGGACAAUUCGAGCGGCUGUGCAGGGAAAUAGAGUCGACGGCACCAUUUGAACUCCAGCCGCUGCACUACAGAGAACAGGAGGAGCAUCGAAUGGUCAGGUCGGUGAGGCCGGUCAACAUUACGGGCACAACCAGCGCGUGCACGACCAAUGCCAGCUGUGCAACAAAUCUGACCAGUGCCUCGUCGCGAAAGUCCUGUACAAUCUACUCCUUGGGGCACGUAAACUCGGAGCCGCUGCCGACGGUGACCAUCACACAUGUGGAGCAACGGGUGGUGCACCAGGAGCCAAGAAUUCCGAAGCUGACGCUACGUGAUAUGUGGCACGCCUUCUGUCGCCUCAAUCUUUCCGGCCAACUGAUUGUUAGCCUGGCGCUGCAAGUAAUCGUGAUGCUGUGCUCUCAGGUGUCGGACAGAAUGGCCCUGGGUGUCAUCACUGCCAUGGGAUUGAUUCUUGUGGUUAUUUCGCGGAGUUUUGGCAAGUAGAUAAGGCCAGAGGGGAGGGUCGCAUACCAGGAAGAAAGACACACACAAAAACAACAAGAAAAUCUUAUUGAAUAAAAUAAUCGAACAUUUACCUAAAACAUUCCAUUAAUUAAUAGUCUCUGCUUUAUUUUUGUUCCAUUCACAGAAUUCGCCGCCAAAGCGCCGCCUUAGCAAUAUGUUCAAGAGGAAAUAAAUAUAAAUAAAUGUCGUCGAUGUAUGUACAAAGAAAAGUCCGGAACCCAACUAGAAAUAACACAUAACGAAUAUAAACAAUGAAAUGCAUUAAGCAUUUCAUUAUUAUUAUAAUUAAUUUUUUUUGUACACUAAAAGUCACACGAAAGCCUGAAGAUACAAAAACCAAUUCCACAAAGAUUAUUAUACCAUGUACAUGUAUGUCAAGGAA